UCCGUGAAAGAUCAAGUUGAAUUUAGUUAUUGUAAGCAUGGGACGUUUAAUUUUGGAGCACACUCUACAAGGACACAAGGGACGGAUUUGGGGUGUGGCCUGGCAUCCGAAGGGGAACGUCUUCGCUUCUUGUGGCGAAGACAAAGCCAUACGCGUAUGGUCUCUGUCGGGGAAUACUUGGAGCACGAAAACCAUUCUCUCGGACGGACACAAGCGCACCAUACGCGAGAUACGCUGGUCCCCAUGCGGUCAGUAUUUGGCCUCGGCCAGCUUUGAUGCAACUACAGCGAUUUGGUCAAAGUCCUCUGGGGAAUUCGAAUGUAAUGCUACGCUGGAGGGUCACGAGAACGAGGUGAAGAGUGUUAGUUGGUCGAGGUCCGGUGGACUAUUGGCCACUUGCUCCCGGGACAAGUCUGUCUGGAUCUGGGAAGUGGCAGGUGAUGAUGAGUUUGAAUGCGCCGCCGUACUAAAUGCUCACACACAGGAUGUCAAGCGUGUGGUGUGGCACCCGACGAAGGAUAUUUUGGCAUCCGCCUCAUAUGAUAAUACCAUUAAAAUGUUUGCCGAGAGCCAGUUGGACAGCGACUGGGAUUGCACCGCCACAUUGUCCUCCCACACGAGCACAGUUUGGAGCAUUGACUUUGACGCCGAGGGCGACCGGUUGGUCUCCUGCAGCGAUGACAAAACGCUCAAGAUUUGGAGAGCCUACCAUCCGGGCAACGAUGCUGGCAUAGCCACGCCAGAUAAACAAUCCGUUUGGAAGUGUGUCUGCACCUUGUCUGGUCAGCACUCGAGAGCCAUCUAUGAUGUGUCCUGGUGUAAGCUGACGGGAUUGAUUGCCACCGGCUGUGGUGAUGAUGGGAUUCGGAUAUUUAAGGAGACCAGCGACUCCAAGCGAGAUGAACCAACAUUCGAGCAACUCACCGCAGAGGAGACUGCUCAUGAGCAGGACGUCAACGCGGUGGAGUGGAACCCUGCUGUAGCCGGACAAUUGAUCUCCUGCAGCGAUGACGGCACCAUCAAGAUAUGGAAGGUGGCUGAUUAGCAAUCCGAUCAAUGUGUUGUAGGUCAUAAGUGUUUAAGCAAAGAGUAGUUUGAUUUUUAUACGAAUAAAGUUUCUUCCUAAUAAGAAAUAAAAGUAUUUAAAUUACAGAUAA